UCACUGCUGUGCCUUACUACACCGCCUGUGAGUAAAAGCGAACCCAAACGCCGGCUUCACUGUGGAGAAGGUUUCGGCGCACAUUUUGGACACUGUCGCUAUGGACGCCUCGCGAACAGUAGCGUUAUGCGUGCUCUUGGCUUUCCUGUGGAGUUUACCGUGCACCCGGUCGGCCGCGAUCGUGCCUUCCUCGGGGCCGAAAAGGAACAGGGGGACCAGGAGCCCACAUGAUGGACAAAGGUCACCCAAAUUUCUUAAAGAGGUUUUUGCGUCCUCCCCCGGUCUAAGUGGACGGGAUGAUUUUAAGAACUCGGUUGUGCCACACGAUUACAUGCUCUCCAUAUACAGGACUUACUCUGCCGCUGAAAAGCUGGGGCUAAACGCCAGCUUUUUCCGCUCUUCCAAGUCUGCGAAUACCAUAACAAGUUUUGUAGACAGGGGAAAAGACGAGCUCUCGCAUUCCCCUUUGCGAAAACAGAAAUAUGUGUUUGAUGUCUCUACUCUGUCGGACAAAGAGGAGCUGGUGGGAGCGGAGCUGAGGAUCCUCCGUAAACCCCCAGAGGACGCGCUGUCCUCUCCGUCGGGUCUCUACAACAUUGAGCUGGCGUCCUGCGGUUCGACCAGGUCUCUGGAUUCCGGCAGCUCCGUGGCUCUGCGCGACGCCCGAAACCCGGAGUGGGAGGUUUUGGACGUGUGGAAUAUGUUUAAAAGCAGACUUUCGACGCCUCACGGGAGUCAGCUGUGUGUGGAGCUCAAGGCCACUGUAGGUCAGACCGAUGCUGAAACGGACUUGAGGUCAUUAGGCUUUGAAAGGCGCGGCCGUGCGCAGCGAGAGAAGGCCAUCCUGGUGGUAUAUGCGCGCUCAAGAAAGAGGGAGAACCUAUUCAACGAGAUGCGGGAAAAAAUCAAAUCGGCUCGAGGCUCUCGCGGCUCCGAGCAGGACACCGGAUUGCACUUUAAAGCGCGUAGGAGACGAAGAACUGCGCUGAGCAACCGGCACGGCAAGAGACACGGCAAAAAAUCGAAGUCGAGGUGUAGCCGCAAGGCGCUACACGUGAACUUCAAGGAGCUUGGCUGGGACGACUGGAUAAUCGCGCCCCUGGACUAUGAAGCCUACCACUGCGAGGGCAUGUGCGAUUUCCCGCUCAGGUCGCACCUGGAGCCCACAAACCACGCCAUCAUCCAAACUCUCAUGAACUCCAUGGACCCUAACAGCACGCCGCCCAGCUGCUGCGUGCCCACCAAACUAAGCCCCAUCAGUAUACUGUAUAUAGACUCCGGCAAUAACGUCGUUUACAAACAGUACGAGGACAUGGUUGUAGAGCAGUGCGGCUGCAGGUAGCAAUGCACGACGGGAAUUUACGCUUAACACACUUGAAGUAGAGGCCACUCGAACUCGAGCCCGUGUCCAGAAUAAAGUUAAAGCUCCUACAAAACAAAAAUACGUGUUUAGGCCACAUAGGGUUUCAUGGUCAUUUCUUGCCAAAACCUGUAGUGCUUAUGUUCUUAUAUACGUGAACUCUAAACUAUCAUCACUAUGACACCGAACACUUUUCUACCAGGAACCUAAUUUUCUAUAAUGGUACAGAACCCCUAUUUUCAUUAGAUCAACAUAUUAUAGCUUGCACAGUGCCUAAAGACUUUCCCAUUAGCCACAUAUCGAAAUGCGUAAAAACAAGCUUAAAGUAGGAUUUUCUUGUCUCUCCGGCAAGUAGCCCAAGGUAACAAAAGGCAGGUUUUGUGCAUAACCGUCUGGACAGGAUUCACUGGGGAUUUUGUUACACCAUUAUCUAUGCGGACUGAAAGGAAUGGGGUGUUGGGCACCUGUUCAAACGCAGCCAGUAAAUGUGUCUGAGCUCUCCGUGUUUCAUUACGGUCCGGUGCAAGGUCACGUGGUGCCUUUGCCUGCCUGCGUCCUGUUUUAGAGAACGGUCUGCGCAUGCGUUAAUAUUACACAGAUUUUACAAUUAAUAGCUCCUGUAGUGAUGACAGUAAUUUGCCAAAAUUUUGUGUUCUAAACGUCCGUGGGAAUCUCUAAGAGAGAAAGAGAGAGAGAGAGAGAGAGAGAGAGAAAGAGUGAGAGCGAGAGAGAGAGAAAGAGAGAGAGAGAGAGAGAGAGAGAGAGAGAGAGAGAUAUCAUCAAAAAAAAACAUGAAAUUGUUCCAUGCACGGGAGACCAAUUAUAAAAAAAAAAACUUGGGUAAACUUUAUUUAGAAGUGCCUGGACACUGCGGGCUCACGGUGCCUGCUAAAAGUCCAGAAGACGAGCUCCUCAUAUUGGACACAAAGGUGGACCAGCAAAAAAAAAAAAUUCUUCUCUGAGAAAGAGAGAGAAAAGGAAAGGAUAUCAGCGCGCGCGUAUUCCCGAAAUGCACUUCACAGUAGCGGACUGUCCGGAGCCUUUCCCCCGCGCCUGACCCACUGAUGAGGGAAAAGAGACUCGAGAGAGAUUUUUAUUUAAAUGCACAUUAGCUUCGAAUGCACUGUUCUUCCUUAUUUGAGCUGUAAAUAUGUGUACAGUUAAAAACUAAAAGGCGCAAGGAGUGGAGAAAUGACCAGCCACGCUUCUUUGUAAAAGUACAUUUUAAAUGCACUCAAAUAAUUUCUAUUCUAUAAUUAUUUUUUAUUAUUUGUGAUGUACAGAGUUUCAUGAUAAUCUCGUAUUUCUUUACAGUGAUACUAAUUAAUAAUUUAAAAAAAAAUGUAUUCAGUACUUGCUGAGGGUGGAAAUACCAAUAUCGAUGUCUACCUCAUUAUGGCAUAGAGUUGAAGUUUUGAGGUGCAUUCAAUUAGAGUGUAAAGGCUUUUUUUCUUUUUCAAUUCUAUAUACAAUAUAUCAAUGGAUAAUAAUCCACACUAUUACUGUACUAAUAAAACCGAAAAUGAGUUA